AUGGUCCACCUCGCAGCCAUCCACCACGCCGACGGCGAGCCCCCCAAGGCCACCGAUGCCGCCUCUGCUGGCGUCGGCGCCGACCCCGAUGCCGCCGCGAAGCUCAUCGAGAAGAAGACGCACCUGCUGCAGCUCGCUAGCUAUGGCGACGAGUUCACCACGAGCGUCUACGGCUCCCGCUUCGCUGCUCAGGAGCUGCCCACCACCAAGAUGCCCGAGUGCCAGAUGCCCCGCGAGGUCGCCUACCGCAUGAUCAAGGACGAGCUCAGCCUCGAUGGCAACCCCAAGCUAAACUUGGCCUCGUUCGUUACGACUUACAUGGAAGACGAAGCCGAGAAGCUCAUGGCCGACGCCCUCCCCAAGAACUUCAUCGACUACGAGGAAUACCCACAGACGGCAGAGAUCCAGAACCGCUGCGUCAACAUGAUUGGCGACCUGUUUCACGCCCCGAGCGGCAGCGCCAUCGGCACCUCGUCCGUCGGCUCGUCCGAGGCCAUCAUGCUCGCCGUCCUGGCUAUGAAGCGACGCUGGAAGAUCCGUCGCCAGGCCGAAGGCAAGAGCACCGAGAACCCGAACCUCAUCAUGUCCUCGGCCGUCCAGGUCUGCUGGGAAAAGGCGACGCGAUACUUUGAGAUUGAGGAGAAGUUUGUCUACUGCACUCCUGAGCGCUUCGUUAUCGACCCCGAGGAGAUGGUUUCCUUGUGUGACGAAAACACGAUUGGCUGCGUUCUGAUUAUGGGCACGACCUAUACCGGCGACUACGAAGAUGUCAAGGCCGUCAACGACCUGCUCGUGAAGAAGAAGAUCAACGUGCCUAUUCACGUCGAUGCCGCCAGCGGCGGGUUUGUCGCCCCCUUUGUCACACCGGACCUCGAGUGGGAUUUCCGCUGCGAAAAGGUCGUCUCGAUCAACGUCUCAGGUCACAAGUAUGGCCUCGUGUACCCCGGUGUAGGUUGGGUCGUCUGGCGAGCUCCCGAGUACCUACCUCAGGACCUCGUCUUUAACAUCGAUUACCUCGGUGCCCAACAGUCGUCGUUUACUCUCAACUUUUCCAAGGGAGCUUCACAGGUCAUUGGGCAGUACUACCAGCUCAUCCGCCUAGGCAAGCACGGCUACCGAGCCAUCAUGAGCAACCUGGUGCGCAACGCCGACUACCUGACCGAGUCUCUUGAGUCUCUGGGCUUCAAAAUCAUGUCCAAGCGCGCCGGUGAGGGUCUUCCUCUUGUUGCCUUCCGCUUCGCCAACGAGAAGGAGGGAGGCAAAGAGCGGUUCUACGACGAGUUUGCCCUUGCUCGCCAGUUGCGCAGCCGUGGCUGGGUUGUUCCGGCAUACACAAUGGCCCCUCACACGAACAAGCUCAAGAUGCUCCGUGUCGUCGUUCGUGAGGACUUUUCCCGGAGCAAGUGUGACAUUCUUAUUGACGACAUCAAAUUGUGCGUCGGUCUUCUGGAGCAAACGGACGAGGAGAGCCUCAAGAAGCGCGAGGAGUAUCUCAACACGCAUGUCCCGGCCGCAGGCAGAGCCCGGCACGUGAAGCACAAGACGCACGCAUACAAGGACGAGAAGCACUCGCUGCAGGGCAAGACUGGCAAGACACACGCAGCUUGUUAG